AUGAACGCCACCAAGUUGGAGCUAGAAGAUGAACGCCGCAAGGUAGUGUCCCUCGAGUUCCAGCUGGCUAGCGAGCAGAAUAAACUGGAAGAUGCUAAAAAUUCUUACACGGUCGCCAACGAGCGGUUUGAAGAGGCUAUGACCAACAAUGAAGAUCUGCGAGCCCAAUGGGUCAAAAAAAAGAAGGAAUCAGACCUGAAGAUCACUAGGCUGGAGAAGGAGCUGGAAGAUGAUCGUGCGAAGGCAAUGGAGGAGAAGGCGAGGUUGGAGAAGGAGUUGGAGGAAGAAAAAACCAAGGCAUCCUCUGAAAGGACAGUAUACCCCGACCUGUACGUCGCAGCAAUGGAGCAGUUCAAGGGGUCUGCUGACUUCCAGAUGGCGAUCGAUGCUGCGGUCGCCAGCAACUUGGCGAGAGAGGGGGCUGGGGGGGCUGGCCCGUCGGAGCGAUCGCUAGGGGCAGGAGUGAAGAUGAAGUGA